AUGGCUGGGUUGAAAUUUCCCUUCUGUGUAAUGUUUGUCUAUGGGCGCAACACGUUGGAGGAAAGGAAGAACCUUUGGCACAAAUUACCUAUGAGUACAGCUGAUGGUUGGAUUAUAUUGGGAGACUUUAAUGCAGUGUUUAAGGCUAAUGAAAGGGACGGUGGAAAGCCUAUUUCCAAGGCUGAGAUUGUGGACUCUUCUCAAUGGUUAAAUAAUUCUCAGCUUGAAGUGCUCAAUCAAACAGGUUCUUUUUUUACUUGGACGAACAAUCAGGAAGGCCAGGCUCGAAUUUAUUCUAAAAUUGAUCAUGCUUUUGCUAAUGAGAAAUGGCAGGAUCUAUUUCCUACUGCCACAUCAAUUUUCAAAUGGGAAAUAAUUUCGGACCACUGUUCUUGCACUAUUUCUAUUCAGACUAAGGAGUUUCUGGGGGUCAAACUCUUCAGCUGGAGCAAGUUUUCUCAGGGUUCUGGUUUAAAGGCUCUGUAUUAUAAACUGUUGAGGCUGAAACAUCAGUUGAAACAGUUCAAUAAAGAUCAAAUAGGAGAUAUUGGCUCUCAAUUUCAGAAGGCUAAAACUGACUUUCAAGAUGCCUGUCUUAUUGCUCAGCGCUUCCCAUGUGAUAUAGCACUCCAGAAUGCUGUUAAGACAGCUGCUGAAAUAUAUGGCAGGAAAGAAUAG